AUGGCCGUGAGUGUAGCGGUCCCAGCGCAAAGCAGUCCAGCAACCACGAAAAACAGCCAUGCUGUCGACAAAUCAAAUCGUCAAUUGCCUUUAACCCGACUGUUGCCCCACACGCUGGUGACUACCGACUUCGACGCGCAGAAAUUCCACGCGGCAGCAUCAUUGCAACUGCCAUUGCGCCUUGGAGCGUCCGCAGUGGCAGCUACAGACACUCGGCUCAUCGCCUCACCCUACAACGCGCCGGCUCAUCUUCUGGACCUUGAAACGCUAGACACACAAGACCGGUUGUUGGCGCUGGCGCUGGCGACCUUUAAGCCCAUCCGCGACGACUAUGCCACCGCGACAUACACCGAAUCCUUCAACUGGAGCGAGGUCUUGGAUCUGGUGAGGACAUUGGCACACGCCGAGGGCCAUGCAUGGACUGCGCAGUCAUUCUAUGUGGUGGUUUUCCGGUCGAAACUUCAAGAAGAUGCCGAUCCGGACCGACUGUAUGCGCUCGAUGCGCAUUCACAUCAGGAGGCGACUGCCAGUGGCGGGCUGCUGAAGUAUUGGUUCGGGACCAAAGAUGAGAACCACCAGAAUUUGGCAACGUGUCUCUGGCGCAGUCGCGAAGAUGCCAGGCUGGGAGGCCGGGGGCCGUGGCAUGCGCAAGCGAGGGCAGCUGCACAAGAGCUAUAUAAGCAUAUUCUAUUCACAACGCUGAAACUGGUCAUUAAAGAUGAGGCGACAUCUUGGACAAUCAGUGAUUGGGAUGAGACAUAG